AUGAAAGUCGUGUUACUUGGGCAGAAUUCAUGGCGAUGUUCCGUAUGCCGCCGGAAGGCUGCUCCUCGUCUACCACCCGCCGCGCAAGACAGUACAGACUCGUUACUUGAAGUGCCGGUACUAGAGGCCUUACAGCGGCGUCACUCAGAAGCUAGACUAGGCAGCGGUGGCAGCAGCACCGCACUCGCCCCACCAAGAUCACCAGAAUUACGUCGACACUCUGACGUUUCACCGGCCUCAUUAAAAGAACUAGAAAAGCUAAAGGGCGUUGGCGGCAGUUCCACGCCGGACGUGACGUCACGUCGGCCAAGCACGGUGUCGCCUGCGCGACGGAGAGCUUCAGCAGUAGACGUGGUAGCAGGAAGUCAGUCCCGACGUGGCUCAUAUCGAGCUGAUGACUCGGAGACAACACCGCAAAUCACAGGCCUCAGCGUAGACGAGGAUCGGCCUAUCAGACGACGUGGAAGCCAGUUGCCAGAUAUAGCAGCACUACAACAACGUACCGGUGCAUUAAGUGCUAUGGCAGCACUAGCUUCUCGGGGAUCUGACGCUGCAGCUGAACCAUCAGCGUCAGCAACUGCUGCCGCCGCCGCAGCAGCCGCCGCUGCACGACAAAUGUCCGUCGAUGCGGAAGCAAUCAAAAUUGUAAUACACGAUGUUGACGACCGCACACCGCGCCGCGUCUCAUUACGCCGUGACCCCAACGACAAAGGACAUAGGUCACGAGGUUUCGGUAUGCGUGUUGUCGGUGGUAAACCUGAUGUUAGUGGGCGUCGUGAAGCAGUUAUAGUUUGGACUGUACCCGGAGGUCCAGCUGAUUUGGCUGGCCUACAACAAGGGGAUAAGGUAUUAGAAUGGGGUGGAGUACCUCUCACAGAACGCAGUUUCGAAGAGGUCUGCGCAGUAUUGGAUCGUGGUGGUGACAGCGUGGAACUACUCGUGGAGCCGGCCCCCCACCACGAAGAUACACCACAAGCUCCGCAAUCGCACCACCACCAUUCACUAUACGGUACAGCUGUCAAUAAUGAGCUUGUCAUACCAGAAUGUGAAUUUAAUCUUGAGCAAGAAAGAGCGGAACGUGCACGAGAGAGGCCGCCGGCACGCGCUCAGCUGCAGGUCUGGUUCGAGAGCGAACUCCGCAAACUGGUGGUGGUGCUGAUCGCUGCCGAUGAUCUCCCUCCACGGGACCACACGCUCGGAUACGGAGAUGAACCUGAAGCUUUUGCCAGAAUACGCCUAUUACCAUCACUCGAGAGCUGUCCGCCAGUGGAGACGGAUCCAGCGUCAGCAUCGUGCAGCCCUGUCUGGAAUGCCACUCUCGGCUUCGGUGGCCUGACUGCUGACUUAUUAGCCGGUCGUGCUUUAGAGCUUACUUUGUGGGACGCCUGUCCAGGAAUCGAUCCGGUGCUCAUUGGAGAGUGCACGAUGGAAUUGGAAAAAGCAUUCGCAGAAGAGCGAGCAGUCUGGUGGACGUUGGAGGAGCGCGGCACUCGGUCCGCUAGUGCUUCCCCGCGCGGCUCACUUACCGGUGCGCGCGCGCUACGACGCGGCGACUUUUCCUCCCAGCGCUCCGCAUCUGAUGACGUAGAUUCAAUUGGCGAGUGCGCUUCGCUGUUACACCCUGACCACGCGUGGGUCGGCGGUUCGCGUCGUGGAUCAUCCCAGUCGGAGACUCUAGAAGUGGAGGUCUAUCAACUAGGCAAGGAUUUCUCACGUUCACUACCUGGCUCACGCAGAUCUUCAUUCCAGCAACAAGAAAAAGAGGGCGGUGGUGAUGCGGGUGCACCGGGCCCGAGUGGCGGCGGACGACGCGAGCGACGUCGCUCUUCGUGCGUUCGACGCGAUCCUGACGACAUCUUGCGUUCAUUGAGAGCGGUGAAGGGCGAGCUGGGCCGUACGCUAUCACUAUCCGGGUCCACCGCCAGGCAUGGUGGAGGCCACCGAUGCGGCCGAGUCGAGGAUCAGAAUAGGGUUCCGGGCCACGUAGUAGCAUGGGCCAUACAUCGCUUGCGCGGCGGCCGCGCGCACGCACCGUUGAAUGUGGCUGCGCCCGAAGCUUUUCAUCACUUCACUGUGUCUGUUCUGUUCUGUCCUGACGCAUGCCCGGCCGCGGGCGAUCACGCUCACUUCAUCUGUCUUUGUGUACCAUUGUGGUUCUGCUGGCUCGCGCGUGCAUCGAGUCGAGUGGGGUCACAUUUGGCGGCGAGUGCGUGUGGUAUCUGUUGUGGGGCCGCAGGUACGGCGACGGGGCGCAAGGGCAGCAUGUGGGCGGCAGUGCCGGCGGCGGGGGCGUGCGACGCGGUGGCCGACGACGGCGACCAGGUGCCACUAGGACCGGGACAGUUGCCGCCACGUAACGCGCAUCUACCACCUCUACACGCUGAGAUCAAUAUCAGCAUCAUUAUGAUCAAAGGGCAACUUGAAUUAGAGGCUAGUGAAGCGUUAGGACGCACUCUGGUAGUAAUGUUGUGGCAACGGUGCGGCGGCUUCGAGCACAACCUCGCGUUGGGUGGCGCAGAAAUCUGUCUGGACAAACUGACAUUGCCCCAGCGAACGUACGGCUGGUACCCAUUGUUCCCGGCUACCUCACUCGGCGGCGAGGAAUCUCCCGACUGA